CGCGAGAACUGCACGGUUCCGAAUCACAACUCCCUUCUUUCAAACCCUCGAAAACAAAAUCACAAAUUGGGUGCAAACGAUUUCGUCUGUUAGCAGCAAUGGCCGCUGGAGAAGAAGAUCAAAAACCUUCGAUACGAUCUUCUAUCAAGUCUCAUAUGUCGUUCAACAAUUAUCCCAGAUGGAAAGACAAGCUAAGAGAGAACUGUUACAAGAGGGUUCGUGCUGACCGGACUCGGCUUUUGUGGAAAAUGAGGUUACCUGAUUCGAAGGACCAUUCUCUUAGGCAUGAGGAGUUAAUUAAAUCAACCUUCCAAGACAUUGUAUCUGAUGAACUUAGAAAAAUUAAAGAGACACCAGUGAGAAGCUGUUCUGGAACUCUGAAUCCCGACCCAGAAACCAGUGAUGAUAUUUUAUGGGAAUAUGAUGGUCCUCAUGCAGCAUUCCAAGGUGAAUGCGAAGAAAUUUUGUUGGAAAUGCAGAAGAUUUUCUACGAGGACCUUAGUAGUGAUCAGAUUGGAAAAGAACCAGAUAGCUACAAAGUAUGGGAAGAAGAGGAAGAUGAAUACUUAGCUCGUGCUGUUUUCGAGAAUAUGCAGCUGAAUAAUGAUAAGGUGCAAAAAGUGGUUUGGUGUCCCAUAUGCAAGCGUGGAGAGUUGGAACAGAAUCGUCAUCUUAUCUUUUGUACGCUUUGUGAACUUAAACUCAACAGAGGCAAUGAGGUUACUUUGGAGUUUCUCCGGGAUAGACUGGCCGAGGCUCAUGGACAGCAUUUCGAUAGGGGGUGCAGGCUGAGCCCAAAAUUCUGUAUCCAGUCUAAAUUUGGUAUCACUGCCCUAUACAUGGAGUGCCAAGGUUGCAAUACUUUUGAGAUUGUAAUUUAGCAUCUUUCUUUUGUGGAUUCUUUUGGAAAUCCUUAUCUGAUCGAAUAUACUGAGCUAGUUUGGUUUGAUUUACAACUUUUUUGUAAAUGGAUGAUCCCUAGCUUCGUCCAAACUGGUCUCAUGACAUGGCAUGACUGUAGGCUUCGCCCAUAGCCCUGUUGCAAAUCUCGGUGGUGUGUACUUGAUGGGUUUUACUUAAAUUUGAUUACACUUGUACAAGUCUCUCUAAAUUGUUUCUUUUUCUCAAA